UUGUUCUCGGCACUUUCAUAAAGGUGAGCCAGCUUAUGAGAUGAUGGAGAGUGACCCAGACUGGGCCCCAUCCUUACAUCUUGGACACACGUUUAUCAAACCAACAGACCCUGGUCGCUCUGCCAGACGAAGGGCACGGGAGCAGACACGGAAACAGACCCUUCAGUCAGCAGAGACAGGCAUACACCAGGAUGUAAACACUGACGGGCUACAGACCGAGGAGACAUGUGAUGCUGAAGAAGGAAAUGGUCAGCUGGAGGUUGGAAAGGAUGGAGAAAAAAACCCUCAGCAGGAGAUCAGAGAGGAUGGAGAAGAAAACCCUCAGCUGAUCACAAACAAGGAGGUGCAGAACCCCACUGAAACUGUGACUCAGCCUGAAUGUGACCUGUGUGUGCUCAGGCGUGCAGAGGUCAACCGCCUGACAGAAGAGAAUAUAGAACUGCGACGCAAACUUAAUGAGAACAUGAUAUCCGAUAGUUUCUUUGGAGCUGAUGAUGAAAAAGUAAAGUAUUACACUGGUCUGCCAAACCUUGCAACCUUCCUGGCGCUCUUUAAUUUUUUAUUGCCACUCAUGUCAUAUCAAAAGAAAUGUCUUACUCCUUUUCAGAUGCUCCUAUUCACACUCAUGCGCUUAAGAUUGGAUUUGCCUCUGCAGCACCUUGCUUAUCUGUUUCAUAUUUCUCCUAGGACUGCACAAAGAACAUUUCAUGAUAUGGUUUCAUGUCUUUAUGCAAAUUUGAGGCGUGCUAUUAUAUGGCCAGACAGAGACACUCUCCGCAAAGUAAUGCCACAUCAGUUCAAGGAGGCCUUUGGAAACAGAGUAGCAGUGAUUAUUGACUGCUUUGAGAUAUUUACAGAAAAACCAUCAAACCUAAAAGCGCGUGCCCAAAUGUUCUCCAGCUACAAGCACAAUCACACCAUGAAAUAUUUAAUAGGUGUGACACCCAAAGGAGCCAUUUGUUUUUUGUCCAAAGGCUGGGGAGGUCGUACAAGCGACAAACACAUCACGCUGAACAGUGGCUUCCUUGACAAUUUGUUGCCUGGGGACCUGGUCUUGGCUGACAGAGGUUUUGACAUACAGGAGUGUGUGGGCAUGCUGUGUGCUGAAGUUAAACUCCCAGCAUUCACCAAAGGCCACUGUCAGUUAGCAGCUAGAGAUGUGGAGGAAACUAGGAAAAUAGCACAUUUGAGAAUCCAUGUUGAACGGGUGAUUGGAAAUGUAUGUCAAAAGUACAAAAUCUUAAAUGGAACUAUUCCUAUUUCAAUGGUUUUACCCUGUGCUGGAGAAGAGGUCACAUUCUUGGAUAAGGUCGUCACUGUGUGCUGUGCCCUGACAAAUCAUUGUCCAACUGUGGUGUAGAUACAGAAAUCACCCAAGAUGUAAAUGCAUUUUGAUUUUUUUACUUGUGCAUAAGGAAGGCUUGUACACACUGUAAACUUUC